GUUUCGCACACGGUGCUCAAGUUAACGUAUUUAGGGGAUUUAAUUCAUAAUAAACCGUUUUUAUCUUUCCAAAAUCAUGAAUAACUACAGUUAUAGUUGACUUGGUUUAAGUGUUUCAGGAUAUUUUGUUUUAUUAUUAAUUUACACGGCUAAAACAAACUUGUUUGAAAAGCAACGUAAUUGAAAGAAAAAUGGAUAAAAUCAUCAAUUUCGUAAUAGUUUCUGCUUUAGCAGUCACAAUCACAUUUGUGUACGGCAGCAACGAUGAAAAUCCCCUUCGAGGCUUCAUAGGCUACAACCAAUGGAAGCCCUUAAUUCGGUGGCGCCCACAACCUUUUCCACCACCUGCAAGCUAUCAGCGUUUGGACGACUCGAACGAUUACGUUUCUAACGAUGCUGUGGCGGCGGACUAUGCGGCCGAUGAAGGUUCCACAAGUCUAGACUCCCAAGACAUCAAUUCUAAAGCGAAGCGGUCUCGGGUCCGGCAACCGCUUUGCGAAGUUCUGGUAAAUAUUGUUUACGUGGGAAACGGGACAGAUGGUUACCAAUAUCGACCUGACCAUUAUAUUACGGAAUCAUGCAUGGAGCCAUACUUCAACACGUUUCACAACAAGUGCACGGAAACCGGACUAUCGUGUACGCAGAUAAGGCAGAAGAUUUUCAUCACUCGAAGAAAAGUUUCCAACGAAGAUGCCAAAACUUCCAACUGUUGGGAGCACGUGCGGAUGGAAGAGAUCGAUGCCGGGUGCGAAUGUAUGUGGCCUCGGGAACACAUAGGAGAUAAGCAUUCCUAUCGAAACGGGAAAUAAGAAAGCAACCAGAAACAGGGGGAAGAGAGUCGCAAAAUUUCUCUAGCUAGAAUCCACAAAUUCAAUCGCAUAGACUGUAUAUCUGUACGUGAUGACGCCAACCAGGUAGUAUCCAGCAACUGCAUCCUGACAUAUGAUGAUAUGAUCAAUGUAUAAAAUGAGCCCUUUUAUGUAUUUAUCGUACGCGAACCAGAUGCUUCUAGAAUUUACUACGAGAUUCCAAACUUAUUUAUUCAUUCGUGUUGUACUAGAUUAAGUCCUUAUUUAUUUUAAUAAAGCAUAAAGUUGAUACAAACAA